GCCAAAAAGCUCGUGUGUUAUUUCUACGUAAUCGGCUUCGACGAGAAGUUUUGUUUUGAUCUUAAAGUUGUACCUUUCGCGAGGGUGUUAGUGGGGAGAUAUCGAUCGCGGGACCAUUGACGUCCGUUCUGGAGAACGAGCUUUUCUCCUCGCACCUUUGACUAGGCUAACCUCUCGAUAAUUGUAUUUUCUCACUUAUAGCUUCGUAUAUACGUGUAUACAUAUAUUAUAGAUAUAUACAUAUGUACAUAUAUAUAUAUAUCUAUAUCUCCUACAUGUGUGUUUGCGUGUGCGAAUGAAAAUUAGAUGCUGACUAGUUUUCAAUAAAAGUUUGAAAAACGUGCCUGUAACGAAGUAAACUGUAUUGUGACCAAUGGAGGCUAUUCCGUGAAUCUCUAGUUUAACAUUUGUCGACAACGGAAGUGGAUCUGAAGACAAAUAUUAUAUCAUUUGGAUAAUACGUUUCUUUCUCUCUCUCUCUCUCUCUCUCUAUCUCUCUCUCUCUUUCGCUCUUUCUCCCCCCUCUCUCUUUCUCUUUAUGGUCGUUGAGCGAUCAAGAAGUCACUUUUACGAGUCCAGAUUUUUAUUAAGACAUAGAUGGAAUUUUGAUACAGACAAUAAACGUGUGGAUUUUUGAAACUUCGCAUGAUCGAGUGCCUGAACGGAGAUUCUCCAAUUACAUUGUGAUAAUAACAUCUGUGAAGAGUGCGCGAUCUCUCGCCAUCUUUGUUUUGAUAUCGAUUCAGUGUGCGCAAGAAGAUCGAUCGAUUGGCGAACGAGCCGUCGAAAUGUUCGACUGAUCGAGCUCACUUCGAGUCGUGUUUUUAAUAUUCCAUCCACUGGUUCCGAAGGUCUGUCCCAUCUCCACAACGCCGUUCAAAAAUGGGUCGGAAGAAGAUUCAAAUUUCGCGCAUCACGGACGAACGGAAUCGUCAGGUGACAUUCAACAAAAGGAAGUUUGGGGUAAUGAAGAAGGCAUAUGAGCUGUCGGUACUAUGCGACUGCGAGAUCGCUCUGAUUAUCUUCAGUUCAAGUAACAAGCUGUAUCAGUAUGCGAGCACCGACAUGGACAAGGUUCUUCUCAAGUACACCGAGUACAACGAACCCCAUGAGUCCCUCACCAACAAGAAUAUCAUCGAGGCACUCAACAAGAAGGAACAUAAGGGCGCCAUGUCCCCGGAAAGUCCGGAGCCUGACGCGAUCGAGUACAAUCUCACUCCGCGCACCGAAGCCAAAUACACGAAGAUCGACGAGGAGUUCCAACUGAUGAUGCAGAGGCACCAACAUAACGGCACUCGGGCAAUGGGACAAUCUAAUUACACUCUACCUGUAUCCGUACCAGUAAAUAGUUAUGGCGAAUCUCUACUUGGAUCUAGUCCCCAAAUGGCGCAUACCAGCAUUUCUCCAAGACCGUCGUCUUCUGAAACAGAUUCAGUAUAUCCACCAGGAGGGAUGUUGGAAAUGAGUAAUGGUUAUCCACCAUCGGCAUCACCACUAGGAGGUUCACCUAGUCCAGGACCUUCGCCGGCACUAGGAGUCGGAGGAGGCAGUGCAAACAAAGGCAGUAAUCCGUCUAGGCAUUCACCACAACCUCCGCCUCCUCCACCGCCGCCUCAUCCUCACAGGACUAAUCUUCGAGUAGUUAUUCCAACACCCCUUACGCAACCUCUCUCCGAAGACACUAGUUACGAUAGUGGCCAUGCACAAUCCACAUUGAACACACCAGUAGUAGCGCUACAAACACCAUCAGUUCCAGCUGGAUAUUCUAGUUUUGGACCAACGGAUUAUUCCUCAGACUUAGGAAGCUUAGCAUGGUCUCAUCAGAGGUACGUUGAUGACUUAUCAAUGUAUUCGGCAGCCACCAUGUCCAGCAUCAGUGGUCUUCCCCAUCUAGCAGUGUCGAGCAGUACACCGCCACCGGCCACGUCGCCAUUACCAGUGAAGAUAAAAAGUGAACCGAUCAGUCCACCUAGAGAUCCUCACGGUGGCAACAGUGGCUCGAACAGCGGGCCGAGUAAUACCAGCAAUCUUCAUCACACGACUCUGAACGUGGGACCUUCGUCCAGUACCGGUGCACCACCUCCACAUCAUGUACCUCAUCCGGGGCCACAAUCGCUGAAUCUUGUGUCGAGCAGACCGAGCAGUAAUCCACCGCCAUCUCACUCCGGUAGUAUAACACCGACGAAUCUUCCGUCACCUGGAAGCGGCACAGUGGCAGAUAUUCGAACGAGUCACUCGAACGCCGGGGGAAACGGUGGGAAUAACUCAGACUAUGAGAAUGGACCGCUGAUGAAGCGUUCCAGGAUCACUGAGGGCUGGGCGACUUAAUAUCAAUCGUAACAAUUAAUCGCUCGAUCGUUUAAUACCUCUACGUACAACGGCGUAUAGUGCUUUUGUGAAAAGUUCCGGGACUUGAAGUCAAAGACUCGUUAAUUAUUAUACGCAAUGUUCGGCCAUGGUUCUUUUUUUUCUCUUCUUGUAGUUGGAUGCGCGCGUAAGACGAAGAAUCCUUGCGAAGAGUCCGACUUUGGCUGGAUAAGAGAGGACACAAAUUUGUUUAUAUUUUAAAAGUCCAGAAACACACGUAACACGACACAUACACAUACAUACAUAUACAUAUAAAAGAAUACGUUUGUUUGACGAUUAAAUAACGGUGCCAUAAUGUUGAUAUAUAUAUGUAUAUAUAUAUAUGUAUAUAUAUGUAUGUAUAUAUAUAUAUAUAUAUAUAUACAUAUGUGUGUGUGUAUAUAUAUAUAUAUAUAUUAUAUUAUAUUAUACAAUAUAUGAUGGAUACAUAUAUAUAUAUAUAAUAUUCAUUAUAUAUAAAAGAUAUAUAUAUAUGUAUAUUUUCAUGUAUAUAAUACAAAAGUUGUUUGUAUAUAUGUCAUUUAUUCAUUGUCAUUUUCUUCGUGACAUGGCAUAUUGUGUCUUUGAUACUUGUCGCUAAUGGCGAAGAUAUAUUCUAUUCCGAGUGAAGAAAGGUAAUGGCGGUACGUUUAGAAUUGAUGUUAAGAAAUGAAUCGAGAGCACAGCAUUUCGGAAGAUAAGUGCAUCGAUAACCGAAUUUCUAAGAGCUUUCGAAAACGUUUAAUGAAUUUACAGUUUAGAUAUUUACAAAUAAUUGUACUUUGUUACUUGUUUCUUUUUUUUUGUGCGUUAUGAUGGUAGGUAGGCAAGACCGCGGCAUAAUCCGUUAAUUGAUGUUUUUACAUAAUGAAUGCCGAGAGCAAUGAACAUAAUUUCUCUCUUAAUUGAAUGCCUAGUCAGAGAAUAAUGAUAUUCGAUUAGUAUAUAAAUUUUAAUUUUACAAUUUUUCUUUUUUUUUUUUGUAAUUGCAAUAUCUCUUUCCUUUAUUCCAGAGAAAAGAAUCGUACUCUUAUUUUAUAAGCGAUCAAUGGAGUCGUACGAAUAUUUUAUUAGAAACUAUAUACAUUCAUGAGUCUUAGAUCGUUUAAUUUUCUUUUUAACAAAUCGUUGGGUUUGUUUUUAAAGUAGCGGAGUUUCUCCCUCUUCUUUUUCUUUUUUCUUUUUUCUUAGCGAACUAAUUAACGGUCUAUGUCCGCUAAUAAACAAAAAAAUGUUGAAUAAUUAAUCGGCUGCUGUACUCAAAAUAAUUACGAUAUUCAGUAGAGAAAAAAAAAUAUGAUCGAAAAUUAAUAUAUUGAUUAUUAUGAAGUAAUAGAGGAGAUAUAUGCAUAUUACAUGUGAAAUAAGCAUCUAAUAUAGUGUUGAUUAUUCAAACAGAAAAGAAAGGUAUAUACACACAAACUUGCAGGUGUAUACAUAUAUACAUACGUUAUAUACAUUUUCCACAAGUAUUUUGCACGUUUGAUAUGAAGAAAAAAAAUGAAAGGUGACACGGAAGGAAGAAACUUUGCAACCCUUAACGCCUAAGUCAUACACAACGAGAGCUUGCACCUCUGUAAGCAUUUAUCUUCAAAUAAUAAUCUAUGAGAAUUAGCAAAUUUAUUUGAAUCAGUAUUUAAAUCCAAUAUUCAUGGCACACGAUUUUUCUAUAACAGUGGAACACAAUUAAAUUAAAUAUGAAAUAUAGGGAAAGAGAAUAUUUAUUAUAUAUAGUACAUCCUUGUAAAAUGCUUUGUUAGUCGAAUCCAUAAUUAGUUGGCAAGAUAGGGUUGCAAUUGUAAAAUACAGAAAGUCUUCUUCCUAAGUUAAACCGCUUUCGGGAUGGUCUCAGCCUAUGCUUUACUCAAUCUCAGGAUGUAUCCUGGUGCGAGCUGCUCUCAAGAGUCGUAUUUGGUACGUUACUGUAAUUAAUUAACGCAAUUAAUGGAAUACACAAACGGUAUAUGAAUAAAUAGUGCCUGGCACCAUUUGUGGCCCUCCUUCAGGUUGACUUGUUCACGUUGUGACUCGUAUAAGGUGACUCGUCGACAAGCUACGUGUAAAGAAAAGUGUGUAUCAUACUGAAAGAUACAAAAAAGUGGAUUAAAAAUAGUAAAAUAGAGCGAUGUUGAAUAGAGUGAGAAAGAAAGAAGAAAAUAGAGAGAAAGAGUGGUAGAAAGGUUUAUCCGUACUACACAAAUUAGUGGAAUCAUAGACUUUGUUUUACAACGUUCUGUCGACGAAUCGACAACCUGGCAAGUCAGUCUUGGUUAUAUUGUAACCGAAGAUUAUAUUAUACGUACGUUAAAGAAGAUAAAGAAAGAAGAGUCGUAUGAAUCUUCGAUAUUAAUUUGUUUCUUUACUAACGUUGCAGUUAGAUACUAUCUAAUGACUGUACGAACAAUCGGUGUGCGAAACAUAAGAUAUAUAAUGUAUAGUCACUAAUGAUUAAUCACAAAUUUUUAAGAUGAUCACAAAGUGCAAUCUCUUAGCCAACACACUUUUUUAUCAAAGAAAAAAAAAGUAUAAAGAAAUUGUUAUUUUUCAUAACGAAAAAAGUAAGAUUUAAUGUAUUAAAAAAAAGUAUAUAUAUAUGUCUCCACUAGUUAUUAAACAUUUUCCUAUUGAUGCAAAAUUUAUUGUAUUUGAAUUGAUAUUAUAUAUAUAUAUAUAUAUAUGUAUGUAUAUAUAAUAUAUAUGUGUAUAUAUAUAUAUAUAUGUAUAUAUCAAUAUAUAUUAUAUAUAUCUCUGAACUUAAGUGUACAUACCUGAAGUAAAUCCUUGAAAGAUAAUCUACGAUACGAUUGCAUUGUUUUCAAUUUUUAAAUCGCUACAGGUGGAUCACAUUGAAUAAUAUAAUUACUGAAUUAUAUUAUCUGUUACUUGAUAUUUUACGAUUAUUUCUCGGCAGUGUUUUAAACAACCAGUGUUAUUAUUGUGCUUCAUUUGUAUGUAUAAGACAAAGCGAUUUGCACAAACUUUUCGUAUCUACAUGUAAUCAAUAGAAAUAACGAUACUCGAGAUUUCAAAAAGAUUGAACAAAUAAAUUUGGCACAAGACAUAACUAUUGAUCGUAAGUUUGAGAACGCUGCAAGAUAAAGUCGAAUACUUUGACUGACAUAUUAUACAGUAUGUUUUCAUAUUUCAGAAAGAUGAAUGUAAGAGUUUGAUUGAAGUAAAGAUCUUUCUUCGUUUCAUAUCUUAAUAUAGCAGAUAAGUACAAGAUACACUAAAGAAGCUAAUCUAUGAUGUCCCAAGUACACAUUAUCUCAAACUUAUGGAAAUCAAUAAUGUGAACUAGUUGAAUUUUUUCUCGCUCAAUGCACAAAAUUCAAAAUUCCAUCUUCAGUUGUGACCUCGUGUAUGCAAUUUAUACAGAGUUAUGAAGCAUGUAAUAUAUUCUUUUACAAUGCAUACGUAGUUAAUGUCUCGUCUAGCCGAUUAUUAGGCGUACUUCUAAUGCUAGACUGCCUGAGAGAAAUCGUUCUAAUUUGAUCCACCGGUACUCAUGGUCUCGGAACAAGGCAUGGAUUACGAUUUGCUUACCGAUCUAUUUUAUUGUAAGAUACCCACGUGAAAAAAGAAGAAAUACGUAGUGGUACCACUUAAGCUAGGGAACUUGUUAAAUGGUGUACGUUAACGACGCGAUUGUGCGUACCAUAUUAAUGUAUAUUUUUAAUAUGAUGAUGAAGUAAGUUGCGUAAGUUACACUCACAUACACACAAAUACGCGCGAGCAAAUUUGAUCUGUAUCUAUAUCUUGUUCGGGGCACAACCGAGAGAUUAAUAUGGAGUUUCGUACCAUUUUAAAUGGUGUAUCUGUUUGGUCCUCUUGUUAAACUAUUACGUCGGUUCUAACCCUGUUGAAAGAUUAUUUACUUAUUUACUAAGUGUUAUAUAUUAUAUAUGACGUUAUAUAAUUAAUAUUUGCCAAUCUCUUAUGAUAAAUAGAGAGAGACAAAAUGGUACCAUUAUCCAAUUUAUUCUUGGAGAGAAUUUGACCAUCCUCUAAGUUGGAUCAAUUAAAUUAAUUUAAAUAGAAGAAUUUUAUACUCUCUGAUAUUGGUCAAACGGUUGUACCUAUAACAAGGGUUGAACGAAAAAUAUUCGAUUGCAAAUACGUAAAGCGUCGGCGAUUAUGUAGUAGUUGAGAACUCAGAGACUAUUAUCGAAGUUGUUGGAACGCUGUGAAACGAAAUGGACCAUCAUUUAGAAAAUGUUGUCGUAUGCAUUAAACUAUAGGACAUACAGGAGUUAACAAGAAAAAGCAUAAAAAGAAGAUAAAAAAAACGUAGAGAAACAGAAUUAGAGCCUUUUUGUACGGGAGCAAAGUUGUUGGACAAGACCGUUAUCGAAAACCGUGUUUUUAUUGGCCACGUGCAGAACUCAAAUGGAUGCUCGCUUCGAUUUUUUUUUUAACAAAUUUCCCUUUACUCCUCAUUCUUCUUCGUCUUUUCGAAGAAAUAUUCGUUACUCGAGGAUUUCGUGCAAUUUCGAAUAGUCGGAUGUUGGACGGCUUUCUAAAAAAUUAAUUAAUCAUUUUGAAUAGAAAAACAAUUCCUUUUUAAUAUAUAUAUAUAUAUAUCCGAGGAUGUCUAAAUAUUCGAAGUUUUCGUUUCAAAAUGUUUCGUCACUGUGGCGCCAUCGUUACGUCACGGAGGACUGUUGAAACAUUGAAGAGAUUCGAUAAUUUCCCCAAUCGAAGUAAUCGAAAUUAUUUGACGCGUUCGAAUGACUCCAAAACUCGGAUAUUUUUUAGAGUAGAAAAGAAAUAUAUAUAAUAAAAAAGGUGUUGUAAAUAUAUAAAAAGAGUUUAGUUAACGAAUCGAUUUAUUAACCUUUCGUGCCUUUGAAAGCGAAUCGUUAUGAACUGUUGGGAACCAACUGAUUUUUAACAAGCGAUCAUUUUCGUUUGAGAUGUCGCGAAGCGAUCGAUCUAUUCCGGAAAAAUAUUACAAAACUGGAAAAUACGUCUCUUUGACGAAUAGGAAGUAAGAUUUUUCCUAAGUAAAUUUUAUUUAUUUGUUACUUAUAAAGGAAAGGAGGCAAGAAAAAAAAAAUAGAAAAGAAAUUGAACAGAAAAUUCUCGUAGCGUUUCUUGUAAAAUACUACAUAGAAAAAAAUAGUUGAUAUUUUGUAAUGCAACCGAGCUUAACUAUAAAUCAAGAUUCUUAAUGAUAAAAUAAUGAUAUGAUAAUGAAAAAAUUAAAGGAUUUUGAAAAUUCAAGAUCUCUAUUCUAUCUUUAUGCGAUCUCGAAGUAUCCCCCUAUAUUUUUCGACCGUUAUCGCUGUUCGUUGUCAGGGAUCGAUUGCGAAAAAUCGAAUCGAGUAUCCGAGAAAUCGAUGUUGUAACUUCGAUUUGAACUGAAUAGAGAAAGAUAUAAAAGCGACAUGUGUGUAUAUGUAUAAACAUGGUCGAAAACUCAAAGCACGGCACAAGUAUCACUUUUGAAAGGAUGAUAUAGCGAAGCGAAUAUUUGCAGAAAAAAAGAAAGAAAAUGAUGUUAGAAGAGAUGGAAAGCUGAACUAUAAUUAAUAUACGAGGAUGUAUAAAUGUACUAGCCACAACUGUUGUCACUGCAGAGUAAAAGUGAAUUUAAUAUACAUAAAAUAUAUAUGUAUAUAUAUAUACGUAUGUAAAAGUAAAUUUAAAAAUACUGAACAUAUCUGUAAAGCCACGUAGCAUCACAUUUUUAAAGGUAAAACUCAAGAAUAUACCGCCAUUUUAUUGUUAACCAUCGAUCGUGUGUUUAUUGUCGAAACUUACCCUCCGAUCGAUCAAUCGAUAACGAUCUCCCUUUUUUUUCAACGUUGUCUGUCUGAUAAACAAAUAAAAAGGGAAAAAUGCUGAAAAAAAAAAUAGAAAAAUAUAUAUAAAUAUAUAAAAUAAUGCUCGAUUCGGAGGGGAUUCUUGUUUUUCAUGUCUGUAUCGAUCGAUUGAUCGAUCUAUAGUUUCGAGACGCACGGAAUCCGCGAGUAUGGUUAUUAUUAACAUACUUUUUAAAUAUUAUUGCGUAGUGAUAUAUUGUUAUUUGUACGAUAUAUAUAUAUAUAUACAUAAAGAAGCAAAUGGUGAAGAAUGAAAAAUCUGUUUACGUUGCACUGUUGACAAACAAAGAAAAAGAGCGGCCCACUUGAACGUCGAGUGCAGAGUACAAUGAAGAAAGAGCGAGAAAAAGAGGGAAAGGAAAAAAAGUGUAUAAAGGAGUUUAACAAUAGAAAGAAAUAACAACCACUCUGUAUAUGUAAUUAUACCGAAGUUAAAAAAAGUAACCGCGUAACGUGCUAUAUAGAUAUUAUUAUUAAACAGACAAACACAAACACAAGAAAAAGCAGAAAAAAUAUAUUAUGGCGUAUUAUAGAGUUGUGCGUUUAAGUAGCCAGUGAUAAAUCUGCGAAAACAGAAAGGAAAGUAAUUUUUUUUUAUUUUUCUUUUUUUUUCCCCCUCCCGUAAUUCAUAAUAGUGUCAUUUAUCGUGAACAUUUCUCAUCGUUUUUCAAAGAGAGACAAUUCGAUCAUCCUUUUUUCCUUUGCACAUCCUUAUUUGUUUCUUUUUCGUUCGACCUUUUUUCGUUCUCUGUGCUCUUUUUUUUUCUGGUAAUAUUCUUGAACUAUUAAAAAAUCGUAAUAAUUGUAAUUCAUCAUUUCUGUCACGUGGUUGUCAAGAUCGUUGUAUAUCCGUGAAAUUUGCGAGACGAUUUUACAAAGGACACGCUUAUUCAUCUUGUUUGUUCAUUGAUAAUGCACGUCGAAAAAAAUGCCACACGCUGAUGAUGGUACAAUAAUGGACACGCCAGAAUAGAAAUGGUACCGGCAAUUGUCGCGUGAAAAUCGAGCACAUGCGAGUCACUUUCUUUCUUCUUACUUUUCCCCGUUACGAUAAUCAUUCACAAAAAAGUCAAUCACAAUUAAAUUACGUUGAAUGAAUACAUUUAAAAUUAAACAUUUUUGUAAUAUGCAAAACUAAAAUUUAAAUCGAUAAAGACAUACCUAAUAUUCGCUAAUUAAUAUUAAAAUAGCAUUAAUUUAAUAGCAUAUGAGCCUCUCGCGAACUAAGGUCAUUAACUCCACUUUUUGCCAAUUUCAUAAUUAAUUUUCAUAUUCAUAAUUACACAAGUUACAAGAUUUAUUUCCACAAAUUCGUUUAUUCCAAUAAAGCGCUAUAAAUAACAGCGAAUCCUAAAAUUUGAAAAGUCAUAACAUCAUCGCCUCUCUCUGCAUUUUAAUUUGUGGAAUUGCUCACUGUGCCUUUUACAAGCGACCGAUGUAUUUCUUUAAUAACGUUAUAUUUCUUUUUAAUUAAGAUUGCCAAUCAGACACUUGUUCAAUAAUAAAACUAUUAAAAAUCCAUUAUCAUUCUGAGGAUACUCUCUAUUACGAUUAUAUAUAAAAUUAUAUAUAAAAAUAUUCUCCAUUACGAUUCUCUUAUCUAUCGUUAUCGAUUGACCAAAUACUUCAACCCUUUUCAUUGUUAAAAUAUAAAGAUGACAGUACAACCAACCUAAAAAAAGUAACUUAUUUUAAAGUGCUCGCAAUUGCCCGAUUUAAACAUAACUAGAUUACACGUAUUUCUUUGGUGCUCGACAUAUCCGGUCGUUGUUACAUGUUAUUGUCAAUAUCCUAUACGAAUAAUAAUAAUCAUCGUGAAUCCUUGUCAAGGCCCAUCUUUCAUCGAUCAUCGAUCAUCGCGAUUAUUGCUAUGUGCUAUUACUAUAACUAUUACUAGUACUACCACGAUCACCACUAUUAUUACUAUUGCUAUUGCUAUUAUUAUUAUCGUUAUAUCUGUAUUAUUAUUAAUUAUUAUUAUUAUUAUUAAUUAUUAUUAUUAUUAUCAUUAAUUAUUAUUAUUAUUAUUAUUAUUAUUAAUUAUUAUUAUUAUUAAUUAUUAUUAUCAUUAAUUAUUAUUAUUAUUAUUAUUAUUAUUAUUAUUAUUAUUAUUAUUAUUAUUAUUACUGAUCACAAACUAUCAUACGCGCCGCAUCAUCUAUUGCUCGGUCAGUAUAAUUAUUAGCGAAUUAGGUUCGAGAAAUUAGCGAAAAUUAAUAUCGAUGAUUAUUUCGUACGGUCUCUAUGCACAUCACAAAAACUAUUUUUCCUCGUACAUAACAAUACACUAAAAUACACAUAUACACAUAAACAUUCUACAGAAGUAUAAACACACGUAUGACAUGAACACGUGCGCGCGCGAAACAUUGUAAACACGCAUUGUGGUUAUAUUUCAGUGUAUCAGCAUAAUGAUAUGAUGUUUCCCAUAGAAUACAUUUUACUUGGUUUUUAUAUUUGGCAGUAUUUUAUUUAAGUGUCACUCGAGCAUGUGCGAAUCGAGUCGAUCGGUCGAUCGAAAGAUAGGUUAGUCGAAUUUUGAAAAGAAAAAAAGAAUUCCGAAAUUUCAGGAUAGGAAAAUAAUAAUAAUAUCGAUAUCGAUAUAUUUUGCGAACAAUGUUGUUUAAGAUUGAUUUAUUACAGUACUAACGUCCUUUAAUAUUCUUUAAGGCUUAAUGAAAUUUUUAUGAUUCUUUGUAUUUAUAUAUAUUAAUUAAUUUUCUUUUUUUUUUUUUUUUUUUUUUUAGAUUAAAUGUAGAUAACUUUUGAAAAUAUAGAAUGUAGAGGAAUAAGAAAAGAAAUAGAAUAAAGUGUUAGAAAGUUAUAGAAAAAUUUGAACGUUGGACCAUCAAGGCCAUUCAUAAAUCAUAGUGUGCUACGUAGAGAAAAAUAUCGAAUUCGCACGUGCUUGGAAAGUGUUGUACCAACAUCAAUAUACAUGGUUUGUUCGAAGCAAAUGAACAAUUUUUCACCAAUUGUGAUAUAAUUUGUACAGUCAAAUUUUGUUACGAAUAUUUUUUUUGAAGGUUAGAUAUCUUAUACAAUUAAUGUAUUUAACAUUCGACUAACCUUCAAAGAACUUGCAUAAAAUAGGUACACGAUAAUUGUAUUUUUUUCUAGUGAAAUCUUUUUUAAAUAAAUCGAUUGUUUUGAUCAAUUGAUUUAUCUUUUCGCACAAUAGUUAUGUUAGAAAAGGUGCCAUUUUUACCGAAGCACAGAUAUAAUAUAAUUCAUAGUUAAAUAUUUUUCUAACGGUUCAGUGUUAUAAGGAGAAAGGAAAUUUUAUAGAAAAUGAAUCGAUUCAAAUUUAAGCUCGAAUCUGAGUUUCUUCGAUACCGGAUAUGAUGUCGAGAGGUAUGUGUGAGACUAAAAAAUCAUUAGUUUCCUAUGUAUAAAAUAAUUGAUGUAUUUACAAAACAUUGCCUGUUCCAUGGUCUUCUCUUCAAUGUUAGUGGAUUGUAAAAUAUGUAAUAUAUGCAUUUAUUAUAUUUUCUUAAUUUGUGAAUUUUUCCAGAUUUAAUGAACGCUUAAAAUUUAAAUUUUAAAAAUAUAAAAGAAUUAAGAAUCAUUUUAAAUUAGAGAAUUGGUUAAUAGAAAGAUGGUAUCUUCGUUUCAAGAAGAUAAUAUAUACUAAAACACAGUAGAAAAUAUAUAUUUCAUCUAUUACAAUCCAUUUGCAUAAAUUAUAUGGCUAGAAAAAAUGUGUAUACACAUAUUGUUGUAUAAACUGUGCGUCUUUGUUGAGCCAUUGGACGUGUACGAAUGAAAUAUGAAUUUUCUAUUAAAAAUUGCUACAUUUGAAAUUUGUUAAAACUUAUAAUAACUCAUCUACGAAAAUACUUAUAUAUCACGUUUUAAAGUGAAAGACCAAGAAUAAAAUUCGCACACGUUCCAAUAAACAAAACUACUAACACUGUGAUGUGUUUCUGUGGUCAUUGUAAAUUUUCUUCUCUUUAAUUCUUAAUCAUGUUUCAUUCAUUGAUCUCAUGACUGUCCACAUCGUGAACGUCUCUUUCCGCUUAAUAUGUACAUCUUCGUUGUUCAAUAUUCCUGAUCAUAUGCAAAAAAACGAACACGUGCAUAUUGCCUAUACAAAAUACUAUUCCUAUACUUCGAUUUUUUGUGGCUAAAAUUAACGAAUUACAAAAGAAUUUUUGAAGCAAAAUAUUACUAGAAAAUUGUUAAAAUUAUAAAAUUAUAAUUUUAAUAUUUUUCAGGUAUUUCAUUUUUUCAGAUUGUUUCGUGUGUCGAAAUUCUUAGAUAAUUUUUUAAUAAUUUUGUUCUCUAUUAGCGAGAAGCGCGUUUCUACUUCGUUAUCUGUCUCUUUCUCUUUCUGUUUUCUCGAUAGGAACGAAAACACGUAUUUUCCUUGUGUAAAGUGUCGCACCGCAGAUGUUGAAACACCAUAUUACAUGUGUACAAUCCGUACCCAUUGGAUGUCGCUCGAUCAUCAUAAUCUAUCUAAACUUUGACACUUCUUGAUCUCAAGACUCUUUACUUUCAAACUUGUAAUUAAUUUUCUAUUGAUAAAUCUUUCUACCACGUUUGUACAAUCUGUGCACAUGCAUACACACACAUAACACGUACAUACACUAGUAUACAUGAACACAUUCUAAACGAAUACAUAAUGUGGUAUACUAUUGUGUAAUCAGUAAUCGGUGUAAUGAGACGCAGAGAAGCGAUAAAUAACACACAGAUACGCAUUUUUUGCACCGACGUACUAACACAACUUUCAUUGUGACGUCCACUAAUGCAAUUCAUACGAUCGUGUACGUGUAAGAUCAGCGCCGCUCUACGACUCUAUUUCGCUCGGUUACGUUAAUUAAAUUUUCAGACGUUGCAGACGUUCAGAGGUUUCUUGUUUGCCAUUAUUUUUUUAACGCCUUCAAUAUUCUAAAAUAUAUAAACAAAAAUCUUGAAAAGAAUUAGUCUAAAAUUUACUAAGAAUUAGUAAAAAGAACAAUGUGUGCUUUCGAGGUUAUUGUAAAUUACUGGACUGCAAAUAUUCAUACAUUAGUCAUAUUUUUAUAAAUAUGAUUAAAGAAAUAGAAUCUAAACAAAAAUUUGUUUCAUUCUUUAAAUAUUUUCAAAAGUAUUAUGUGUUUUGGAUAUUGUAUACAUUUUUGUGCAUUAUAUCCAUUCUGAGGGGUUUCCCAGUUUAAAUUCCUCAUAAAUGCAUAAAUAUCUGCAGUCUGUUAAUUGUCAUAAUUAUAGAGCCAGUUCAAUAUCCUGUUGCAACAUGAUCUUCAAAAGAGCCGAAGUAUCGGUAAAAUAUCUUCGUUGAUUUAUAUUAGUAUGUAAAGGUGUUUCACUUACAGUGAUCUCCUUAAACAUUUCCGCUAUAUAUGUUUUCAUCUUUUAAUAAUAAAAUGCAUAUUGCUAAUAUAUUUUAAAUUUAGUUAAUAUUACUCCAAGGUCAUGUUGUUACAGGUCAUGGCAUAAAAUGUCUUUUUAUUGAGCUUAAAAUUUAGAGAUGUAUGACCUAAAAAAAAAUUAAGUCAAUUUAAAAAAGAAAAGAAAAUUCUUCCUAAGAUAUUUUUUAAUAAAAAGUAAAAGGCAUAUUUUAAAGAAGAUAUACGUGUGUUUAGAAUUUUUAAAUAAUCGUGAUUAAUACAACACGUGGCACAUAUGACUGUGACAGCUUUUUAAGAGGAACACAUGAUAUAUAGAAGUCGCAAAUCGUUCUCAAAUAUAAUUAACAAGUUCAAAAUGCUUUAAAUAAUGAACAAACAUUGAAGAAGCGUGGAAAAAUGAAAUAUCUUACAUAUGCACGAUCGUAUUUUGUCCUCUGUAGAAAUGCCUUAUUGUCACGUGCCUCAAUUAACAAUUAAACUGUUCACCUGCUUACCAAUUACUUGUUAGUAUACGUAUCAACAAAUAUGUACGUGUAAUAUCGCGUUAUUCUUUGUACUGCUCUUGUAAAUAUAUUCUGAACGAUUACUGUCA